AUGCGCCGCCUCUGCCUCAGCGGCGGCGUCCGGGGCUCCAGCAAGGUCCUCUCGAUGGAGCAUGGCGACUCCAUGGUCGACAUGUUCGAGGGCGUCGCGUUCACGUGGGCGUCCGUCGCGGGGGAAGGCCGGUCCGGGGCGGCGGCGGCGGAGUCGCUGGAACUAAGCUUCGACGCCGAGCACACGGACAUGGCGCUGGAGCGGUACGUCCCGUUCAUCACGGAGACGGUGGAGGAGGCGCGGCGCCAGGACCGCUCGCUCCUCAUCUACACGAACGAGGGCCCGGGGUGGAGUGGAAUGACCCACAACCACCCGGCCACGCUCGACACGCUCGCCAUGAACCCGGAGCUCAAGCAGUCCGUCAUCGCCGACCUCGACAGGUUCCUGAAGCGGAGGGACUACUACCGGCGGAUCGGCAAGGCGUGGAAGCGCGGGUACCUGCUCUACGGCCGGCCGGGCACAGGCAAGUCCAGCCUCGUCGCCGCCAUGGCCAACUACCUCCGAUUCGACAUCUACGAUCUCGACCUGUCCGAGGACAUCGACUGCUGCUUCAGCGCCGCGUCGCGGGAAGACGGCAAAAAAGAUCAGGCCGGCGACGACGUCGAGUCGGACUAUUCUGACUACGAUGCACCAGAUCCCUGGGACAUGCCGCAGCAGCAGCAUAAGAUAACUCUGUCCGGCCUGCCCAACUUCAUCGACGGGCUGUGGUCGACCAGCGGCGAGGAGCGCAUCAUCAUCUUCACCACCAACUACAAGGACCGCCUCGACUGGGCGCUGCUCCGGCCAGGACGCAUGGACAUGCACGUCUACAUGGGCUACUGCGGCUGGGAGGCUUUCAAGACGCUCGCCCACAACUACUUCCUCAUCGACGAUCACCCUCUGUUCCCGGAUAUACAGGAGCUGCUCUCGGCUGUGGAGGUGACGCCGGCCGAGGUGUCCGAGAUGCUGCUGCGGAGCGAGGACGCUGGCGCGGCGUUCGAGGGCCUGGCCAAGUUCCUCGGAGAGAAGAAGCAAGCAAUUGGCGAGCGGAAACCAGCUACCUAG